GCCAAACCCACAGCACAGAAGAUCCGCGGCUAAUCUGUGGAGAUGUUGUGCUAGCUCGAGGCUUUUAUUGAACAAAUCACGCUUUUUUUAUUGAAUAUAAUCAGAUUUAUAUUAUAUAAAUGUGGUUUACUUGUUUAUCUCCCGAAUAUAAACGUGUGUAUGCGUCGAAUUUAAUUUAGAAUGUAGAGUUUCGUGUGGUGUUUUGGUGCAGCUAGCUAACCUAGCCUCCACUCCAGGUCCACUCCGACCCGACCCGAGCCGCUAGCCGCUAGCCCGCUAGCCUGUGAGGUAAAAGAGCCGAGUGCAUGCUAGCUGUCUGGCUGAAAGACUCUGCGGCUUCGAUGCUGCACUUUUAAGGUUAAAAUCUUUAGUUAUUUUUAUUAUUUAUUCUCUGUGAACCCUUUCUGUAAAUCAGUCUGUUUGAUAAUUAACACGUGACUCGAGUUUUCGGGCUUCUGAAGAAAACAACUCGAAGUGGAUUGAACUCCAUCAGCUUUUUACACUCGGAGAAGCUAAGCUAGCUAGCUACGAUUGGGCUAGCUAGCUAGCUCGGCUAGCUUUGAAGCUAAAUGCUUCUUUCGAGAAUGGACCUUUUGAGCCACCAAUUUAUGGAUAAAAUGAACAAUAACAUCGGAAGACUUCACUACGACUCUUAUGAUGAUGAUUCCGGGGACUCCAGGAUGCACACCCUGUCCUCGUCCACAGGAAACAGCAGGACAGGGACACCUAUAAGUCCUGUUAAAAGAAAGUUUGACGAUGUAGAAGUGGGAAUCGGUCCGGAGUACGAAAACGAACAAAUGUCCAAGAUGAGCUGCCUGCUGUCCUCCCAACUGGGAAAUCCAGUGGAAGGAGACACCAGGCCGGAACCUUGGAGUCACUGCCACAACCCGUUCGAUCACUCUUCCUCCACCAUCACGGGGCUCCACGCCGGCCGUCUCUAUUCCCCCUUCCAGUUCUACACCAUGGAGCAGCCGCUGGCUCUGACCAAGAACAGCACGGACACGGCCAGGUCCACCUUCCUCCCCUCACUCAGCUCUACGGAGCGUCAGCAGAAUCGUCCGUCUGUGAUCACCUGUGCGCCGGCGAGUAACCGCACCUGCAGCCUCUCCAACUGUCACAUGUCUCUCAACGGCUUCUCCUCUGCUGUCAGUAACGCCAAGAGCAAAGCCAAUGCCAAUGCCGUGUGUGAUCCCGUGAUCGAGGAACAUUUCCGUCGCAGUCUGGGGAACAUCUACAGAGAGCCGGAGGUGGCGUCUAACUCCGUGUCCAUCACCGGGUCCGUGGAUGAUCACUUCGCCCAGGCGCUGGGAGACGCCUGGUUACGGAUCAAAGCCAAGGGCGGCGGUUCUGGGAGUCCCGAGUCCACUUCCUAAAGUUCUCCAGAAAUCUCGUCUAAACCUUCAGGGUUGGUUUCAUCCUGGGGUAAAUUCCUUUCACACCAAGUCUGAGCUCAAAGAUUAUUAUUAAUAUUAUUAUUAAUAUUAUUAUUAUUAAUAUUAUUAUUAUUAUUAUUAUUAGGCUAACAGGCUCUCUUUCAUACUAGAAUGUUACAAUUUUUACAGUCUUUUACGAUUCUAAUUAAAUCAGUAUUUUUUUCUACAUGAUUUAUUAAAGGUCAAUAAUUUUAGUUCAUUUUGUUGUAAAAUCACUGAAAGAAAAUAUAAUCUGUGGGAGGGACGGCACUAAAUUUAAAGCGGCGGUAUGUAAGAUGUAAACCGGCCCACGUUGAGUCUCUUCACACCACACCUGUCACCUGUUCGGUCUGAUUUAUUCCCCAGCAUUAAUCCAUUUAAUUUAUUUUACUGACACUGAGAAAGGAAACAGUGUUGAAGCGUCAGAAAUUCAUUCGCUACUUAAAAUUAUAACACAGUAAAACACUACAUAUAUGUUUAUUAUUUACGGCUGCUUUUACACCAGUUAUUCUGUUUAUUUCACAAUCAGAGUGAAAUCGAUUCUUCUGAUUUGUUUCUAUUUGACACAAAAACGAGUGAAGAUCAAAAGAAAAAACAUUCUUGUGAAAACUGUGGGGACUGAAUAAAGUCGUAAAUACAUCGUUUGAUGGUUAAUAUAAAUAUGUUUAGUUUAGCAGCUCGUUUGAUUUGUAAGCAGAUCCACAUGACUUCGUUCUCGUGAGCUGGAGAACCCACUAGGGUUCUGUUUAUAACUCACUAAUACAGAGCCGUAGCAUGUACAUUUACACCACAGUGCCCCCUAGUGUCAGGGUCUAAAAACACCAGCAUACAUCAUUCAUUCACAAACCCAGAACCAUAAAUCAGACCCAAAAAGGUGGAGUGUGUGUGUGUGUGUGUGUGUGUGUGUGUGUGUGUGUGUGUGUGUGUGUGUGUGUGUGUGUGUGUGAAUGAGUUCCUACGUCAUAUAAAUCUUGAAGCUACAUUUAUCUUAAAUACAUGAAGCUCAGAUUCUCAUCAUCUUCACCUAAGCGCCACCCAGUGGCCAUUUGAAAGUAAAAUCAUUUGUUUGUCCCCUUAUCCGACGGCGUGCCUUUAACGUGAUCCUGAUGCACCUACAGAGCCGAUUUACAUGUUUUUGGAGAAGCUUGUACAGGACUUGGUGUGAAGGGAUAAGACAUUUACUUGUCGAACAAUAGUUAAACGUGAACAAAUUUCAGUCUUUUUUUUUUAAAGGGUUGCCAAAGACGCUUUCUACUAUUUCAAAACGUUUGCUGUAUUUUAUAACCGUCUCAAACAUGCAGAUUCUUUAGAUUUAACACAUACAAAAGCAACCUACAAGUCUGAGUGUUGAUGAUUCAGCAGUUAAUCAUAAUCACACACAUUCUGUAAGAUCUUCAUUAUCCUGGAGACGUUUAACUUUUCAUCUCUAAUACACACUCAUUAAUCUGCCACACACACACACACACACACUUUGUCUAUUUUAAUUUGUAAUCCUUAAUCUGCUUGAAUAUGUAUUUUCAAAUAGCUGGUAUCUAUUACACACAGACUUCUAUCUUUAUACCGUCGGUUCAUUAGUUUUAUUUUUAAUCCGUAACGGUUUUAGAAAGUCCUGCUGCUGGAACAGUGUACUCGAUAUAUUUUUAUAACAAAUGUCUUUUAGAUAUGACGGCACCUCGCUUCGAAAGCACAGCCUCUGGAAAGGCAUUUACAUGCAGUAAACACAGAGUUAUUUCACUCAUUCAGAUCUAGAACACUUUAUUUUGGACAGGACUGAGCGAGAUGAACAGCAGCUUUAUUACAGCUUAUUACACUGUUAUUAUCAGAUUCCAACACCGCGUCCCCGCGUAGCCUUCAGACGAUAUCCAGGUCCAAUCAAUUUAUCUCCUCUACAAAUAAAACAUCUCAAACAAUAUCUAAACACACACUGAUCAUGAGAAGAAGGCGGGGCAACUACACACCUGUCACUCAUUCAGGAGGUUUUUCACACUUUGUAAACAUGGUGCAUGUUUUAGAUAAAAAAAGAAUCACAGGAAGAGAAAAAAGCAGUAAUAUGGACGACUGCGUGUCGUAUCAAACACUUUACAAAUAAUAAUAAUGACGUUAAAGUGAUUUACUAACGCCGUAACGUGCAGAUGACCUUCUCCACACCUCACUAAGGGCUCGUUUCUGAUCAACUGUUCAAGAUACACCACAUGGACUAAAGUAUUGGGACACCUGAAUAUUCCAGUCUUAUUUACUUCCUCAAACUCUGAGACACACGUUUGUGACGUCUUUGGAUCCAGAAACAUGAAAUUUUCCCUUCACUUGAACUAGGAGACCUGAACCUGUUCCUGCAUGAAGAUACCCCUGUGCACAAAGCAGGUCUAGUGGAACAUCUUCCGACUGAAUGUGGAAUACGAUGUUCAAAAAGAAGCUCAUAUUAAUCUUAUAAUCAGGUGUCCACAAACUUUUGUCCAUACAGUGUAAACACCCGUUUUAUUCCUCUCUCAGGUGGGGUGCACAAACUUUUGCUCUCGGUCACCUACAGUGUGCAUUUCUUUAAAAUCAGUAUUGAAUCAGAUUUGAUCAUAAAGACACUGAAAGAACGUUUUGGACCUGAUCAUCACCACGUGUCAAUCGUUUUUUAAAAAAAUGACACCUCGUUAGCACGUCGCACGUUAAAGUUGUUCUCUCCCUGCGGGCCGACGCUCAUUUACACGUCUAAAAUCCUCACGUUCUUCACCCCGCAGUUCGGUUUGGAAUCUCGAGUCUCUGUGAGCACCGCGAUUUAGUUUCCUCAUAAUCACCACACACUUCCAAACGAGGAACCGCGAUCAGAUACACGUGUCACACCGUCACCUCACACCAGGAACCGCGAUCAGAUACACGUGUCACACCGUCACCUCACACCAGGAACCGCGAUCAGAUACACGUCACACCUUCACCUCACACCAGGAACCGUGAUCAGAUACACGUGUCGCACCAUCACCUCACACCAGGAACCGCGAUCAGAUACACGUCACACCUUCACCUCACACCAGGAACCGCGAUCAGAUACACGUCACACCUUCACCUCACACCAGGAACCGCGAUCAGAUACACGUCACACCUUCACCUCACACCAGGAACCGCGAUCAGAUACACGUGACACACCAGUUUAUUCUUGCUUCUCUUCCAUUAACAGAAAACUGCAAUUCUAAAACAUAUAGAGGUCUCCACAGUUCAGGUAGAGGAAAAGUAAUGGCACCCUGUAGAAGGAGGAGGUGGUGAGCAGGUAUCCGGAGGUGGAGGAGAUUUGGUGUAGAUCAAACUUACAGACCCAUCUGAUCUUUUUUCAGCUCACUGCUGAGUUUUGCCUUUUAUGGAGUUUUGUGGGUGUGGCUUAUUGUUAACACUAGAAAAGUGAUUGGAUAUGGAACACGUGAAUAGUGUUUAUCUGCAUACACACUUUACUACACAGAAACGUCACAGAACGUGGGGAAGAAUGACUUUGGGUGGGAAAGUUUGACACAUUGACUUUUUAAUAAUAAGGUUUAGUUAAAUUGUGUAGCGUGCUGUAGAUCACUGCCGCAUGAAAGGGUCUGUUUUAUAAACAUUGAGAUAUAAAGACGUAAAAAUUACUCAUUAUUUAAAGGAAUAUUUCUCCGUAGUUCAGCAUGUAGCACGACGUUUUUUCCGUAAAUUCCACCGAGGUUCUUCCGACUUUCCUGCGUUUUUCUUUCUUUUUUCUUUUCCUGUAGCACAAAAACACUCCUUGAACUCUUGUGUAAUAUAAAAUGACCAUCGUUACGCAGUGCGUGAUGAAUGACCAGUUUUUAAUCUCAUAAAAACGUCACAUUAUCUUCAUAUUUAAUAUUGAUUUCGCAUGCCCAGCUCUUUCUUCUAGUUAUUUUGUUUUUUUGAAAAAAGUUGAUCUUUUUUUUUUUGAGGAACUGUCAGACUGCCAGAUCAGUUUGGGGAGAAGUUGGAAAUGUUUUUCGGGAGGUUUUGAUGAAGUUUUGGAGCCACGUGUACGCCGAUGUUUAGCGUCGCGGUUACAGCGGUCACGGGGCUGCGUCCUCGCCGUGUACCAGCUCUCCAAUAAACAGUGAGAAUAUUAUAUCUAGUUUAUAUGUAACUCGAUUUUACUUAUUUUUUUGGCUGUUUUUUAUUCUGACAAGUUCUACUUUUAUAUUCAUGAAACCUGAGAAAAUAAAUAAAAAGUCUUUUAACAA